GCGCGUGUUCUCGGCCGGUGAACAUCAUGUCGUCGUGUCGCUGUGUCGCGCGGCUACGGUCGACUGUCGCGUGUAGCGCGUUUGCUGUCGCGUGCAGCGUGUUGUUUGUCGCUCUGUCGUGCGUGUCAGUGAUUGGUGAGGAGCUGAGCGACAGUUUGGAUGUCGAUGCUCUGGAUUUGGUGGAAGUUGACAAGGAGUUUAUUUUGAAAAAGUUGAAGAGGGAUAUUUUGCCUGGAGGUGGGAGUUCGUGCUACAAUGCCACCGGGCAUGCGCAGCGCUGUAUCCCCCAGUUCCAGAACGCGGCGUUCGGCAAAACGGUGAUCGCCACGAACACCUGCGGUCAGAACGGUCCGACGGAGUUCUGCCACUCGUACUCCUCGUAUGGAGCACCCUCCACGCACUCGUCACAACGCAAGACGUGUCAAAUGUGCUACGAAAACAGUCACCCGGCCUCCUACCUCACCGAUAAACACAGUGACAAGAAUGUCACCUGGUGGCAGUCCGACACUAUCAUAGAGGAUAUACAGUGGCCGCAUCAAGUUAACCUCACGUUGAAUUUGGGAAAGUCAUUCGAUAUCACGUUUGUCCGAGUGCAGUUCUACACCCAGAGACCGGAGAGCUUUGUCAUCUACAAGCGUCAAAAAACCUGAUGGCCCAUGGACACCCUACCAAUUUUACAGUGCGACCUGUCGAGACACGUACGGCCUCCCUGACACAACAUCGGCCAGAAGGGAGGAAGAGACCAGAGCCCUGUGUACAUCUGAAUACUCCGACAUUUCUCCCCUCACGGGAGGCAACGUCAUGUUUUCAAC